AGAAUCACCCAGCUGUUCUAAAGCGGGCAGCACAGAUUGAAACACAACGGGCCAUGAAAAAGAGUUGGCUGGCAGCUUGGCUUUUGAGAGCCGUCACCUGCAUAGACCUCACCACCCUUUCUGGAGAUGACACCCCGUGCAGUGUUUGCCGAUUGUGCCACAAAGCCAAGCAUCCCAUCCGAGAGGAUUUGUUACAAGCCUUGAAAAUGCACGAUAAAGGCAUCACCACAGCAGCUGUUUGUGUCUAUCCGGCUAGAGUAGCCGAUGCAGUUAAGGCUCUCAAAUCUGCUGGCUGCCAUAUCCCAGUAGCUUCAGUGGCAGCUGGAUUCCCAGCAGGACAGGCGCCUCUAAAAACUCGUUUAGAGGAGAUCCAGCUAGCCGUGGAAGAUGGGGCCAAAGAGAUUGAUAUUGUCAUUAAUCGAACCUUUGUACUGACAGGCCAAUGGGAAGGU